GAGAUGCAAACCUGUCCUCAGAUUUGGGGACAGAGCCAGGAGGAGAAUUAAAUGUGGAAGGUUUUCCUUCUUUGGGACCAUUGUUUGAGGAACACCCACCCACUAAACAAGCACGGAGGGAGACAGACCAAUCCCUACCAGAGAGCCUUGAGAGUGAGGCCUCAUUCUCACAGGAAAAAAAAAAGAAGAAAAAUAAUCAGAAAGAUUCUGACUUGAAAAAUCAGGAAACCUUGGCAGAAACCUCAAGUUUGACGUUACCUACCCUUGAUCAUUCUCUAAGUCAAGAAAAUACCUCCCCGAAAGGAAAUCAGACCCUAACAGCUAAACCGACCAAAUCACAUACUGAGUCUGUUGAUGAUAGUAGAGGUCUGAUUGAUCCAAAUCCCUUGGGUACAAAUCAGAAUUCAGAAAGUGUUAUAGAAAAUAAAGAGAGUGUUGAUGGCAAAGCUAAGGUGGGAAAAAACAGUAAAAAUCGUGUUGAUGAACAACACACUAGUGUUGUUGUCACAGUAGAAAAUAUGAAGGAGGAAGUCUCCAAAAAAGAUGUUAUAAAUGAUGAACAUGCAAGUUCAAGCAAAAAAGAAAGUGAUGUGAACUCUGCAACUGACCAGUCUUUGGGAAAUAAAUUGAAUAAUCAGAGUUUGGAUAAAGAUGGGCAGGACAUGUCAUAUAUUCACUCCUGUAUUGAACCUUCUGAAAAUAAAAAUCCACAAUUGCGUUCAGAAAAGCAUAACAUGGAAACUGUGAAAUCUGAAUCUGAAAUGGGACCGAGCUGUAAAACAAGUGUUGGAAAGGUAGACAAGCAACAGGACAGUGUUCCAGUUACCAAAAAAGCAGAGAUGGAAGGUGAGUCAAAAAUAGGGAGAAUCUGUGAAAACAAAGAAACUCCAAUAGAAAGAUCUGAGAAUAAGAGAAAUACUUCUGUUACAAAUCAGAAGCAACAAACAAAGCAGAUUACAAGAAAUCAACAGAAAAAUGACGAAGUCAAUAAAGUUAAACAGAGCCAUGUUUCACUUAGGGAUGGGAUUACAGUAUAUUUUCAUGCCAUACUGUCUAAAGACUUCAAAUUAGAUCCUGAGAAGCACAAAAUCUUCAUUCGUGCAGGAGGAAUUGCUGGUUUUCAGAACUGGAAAGACAAUAUUUGUGAAUUGAAUUGUGCAAAGGAUCUUGGUGGGCAUGGUCACCUCAUUCAAGGCUGUGUAACCAUUCAUAAGGACAAUAUAAACAGAUACAUUCCCUAUAAAUAUUAUAUUAAACGUGAGGAGGAUGGAGAAUAUGAAUUCAUUUACAAAUCUUGUCCAAAAGGAAUAAUUGUGAAUCGCUGUUUGUAUAUAUCUUCAGAGUAUCUCUCUGGUACAGCAGAUUGGCAUCAGUAUGAUGACAUUGUAUGCGCUAAACCCCCUGAUACUAUGUACCAGAACAUCAAGAACUUUUUUCAAAACCCAGAAAACAAAAUUGUGAAAGGAAAAGAACUUGCAGCAAAAGAAAUGCUUCGUAAUCUCUUCAGUGUUCUAAAUACAUGGACUCCUCUUAAUGUGAAGAACUUUCUCAAACAAUUCCAUCAGUUUUACUUCGUGAAUAGAAAACCAAUGGUACAUGAGAUACGUGCAAAGGAAUGGGAAGAGCUACCAUUUAGAGAACAGGAGAUAAAGAUUUUAAUACAAAAAUAUAUGAAAGAAGUAGCCCAACCCCUUCUAAAUCAGAACUCAUCUGAGAACAUUGCAGUGCAAAAUAAACUGGGCCUGCCAUUGAUCUUCCUUCUAUUAGGAAAUGACUACUCUCUUUCAACAACAAAAGAUGACUUGUCACAUUUGUGUUCACUUCUUUGUUUGGAGAAAUCACCAGAGGAUGCAGUGAAUGAAAUGAAUUUUAUUAAAAAGGUGUUUUCAGAGGUUCAGUGCAUGGAAGAAGCCUUGAUUGUUUUCUGCAAUAGGUGUAUUGAGGAGGACAUUCAUCAGUGGGUAUGGAUAAUCCCAACUGUACACCUUUUUAGUAAUUCUGUUGAUUCUAAACGUGCUCAGGUGAAGUUUCAGCUUGAAUCUGAAGCAAAAUGGGCAAGAAUGGAACACAUUCCAUUCAUAGAAUGCAGGAAGAAGCAAGAACAUAAAACAAUUUUAUUACAGCUAAUGAAAACAAAGAAAUAUUUGGUGAAAGGAGACAAAGCGCUGUUCAGAUCAUGGUUCUCUUUGUUGCCUCUGAGAGACUUGGUGGAAUAUAUUUCUGAAUUUUCUUCCUCUAUCCUGGACUGUCUUACAGGAAUUGUUCUUAGACUAAAAGAUAUGAUGACAACAUACAGUAAUCAUGAGGAGGUAGAAAAACUACUUGAGACAGUUCUCCACAUUGUUGGUACAAAACAAAAUAGCCCAUUGCAGCAGAAUGCCUGGGGAUUUUCUAUAAAUAUCUGUUUAGACCUUCAUCAGAUGAUAUGUGACAAAGUCAGGAUUGAAAUUGACUACAAGAUACCAGCUAUGUCAGCUAAAAUUGUUUCAAACCUUCUUGGAUUUGAAUCUGUUGAGGUUGAAACAAACACGCAGAGAGAAGCGAACACGCAGAAUAUGUUUAUGAAAGAAACAUUUCAAAGACUUUGUAAAGAAACCAGAAAUUACUUUCGGAGAGUUCUGUCAAAACGUUUGCUGGAUAAUUAUUCUUAUACUUGUAUAUUUUCUUAUUCAUGGGAACUUGAGGCAUGGAAUCAUUUUCUGCAAAUAAGCUUUUCUGAUAGAAAUUUCACAGAGGAAUGGAAGAAAACACUAAUUGCAGAGAUGGAAGGCAGAAUCAAACAGGAGACAUCUAUCCAGCGCAUUAAAGUCUAUUGCUCUUGCCAUGAAAACUUCAAAGAGCUUGAUCCACUGAUUAGCAAAGCUUUUGAGGAUUGUGCAGUAGAGGCUAUUAAAUCAGCAUGUCAGGAACACAAUAAUCUUCUGGACUUAAUAUCCAUUUAUGAUCUAAAGAAGCUUGGCAAACUGGUAUCUGUUGUGAUCACAAAAUCAUGGCCAACUGAUGAGUUGGGCAACACUCUGAGAGAUAUGGAAGAUGUGCUGAAUCACCUUCUUGUCUGGCCAGACAUCAAACAUAUUUUCACCUUCAAUGGUGCAGAUGGCAACAUUUUGGAGAAACUUACUGAUGAGGCUCAGGAGCUAAUGGCUGUUGCGGACUCGGUAUAUAUGAAUAUUACUGAGAAACUUAAAACAGGAGAGAUCCUUGUAAAACAUUUGGAACAAGUUCAAAAGUACAGGGAGCAGUUUCUGUCCAUUUGUGAAUUAAAGAACAGAGAUCUUUCUUCUGGGGAAAAAUCAGAUGAUAAAGUCAAAUUAGAGCAAAUGCUUGAUUUGAGGUUUCAAGAACUACUGGCUGUCAAAAGAGAGAGAAAAUACUUGGGGUCCCUCCUAGAUUUGUGCAGGAAGACACAAGAUUCUGUAAAAGUGAAUAUCACUGACCUGGAGGAGAAGCACAGUGAAAAUCUGGCAUCAAAAGCUUUGAGUGAUAUUGUGAGACACUCAAUUUCUCAUAACUGUGAUAAAAUAGAGACCUAUUACCAUUUAAGCCCAGCCCUGAACAAAAUAUCUGAAAUGGUGGACCAUUACAAAGACAGCUACGUCUUCCAGUAUUGUUGGGAGUGGGCAGCCAAGCAUCUGGUAAACAAAGUUGAGGAUUUGGUUGAGGAGGAGUUUGAAGGGGAAGAGGAGGAUGAGGCUGCCACUUUGGACCUGGAAGAAGUGCCUACCUGCUUGUUUAAACCGUGCUACGAUGAGUUCUGUAGGCUGUAUGAUUGUCUAAAAUCUGGAGAGCUCAUGUUUUCUGAAGUGGAUACUCUCUUCAAAGAUUUUAUUAAUCACUAUGAAGAACUAAAAAAGGAUUUUAAGGUUAUGUGUGAUCUCCAGUCUCAAGAUCAAGGAGGAUGGAUAAGUGAAAGGAUUCAACAGAUCCAACAAUAUCAUGAAUUACAUUUGGCAGUGGACUCAGCUAAGGUUAUUGACAAAGUCAGAGAAGAUUUGAACCUCUCUGGUGACUUCAGAGUUCUGCAACAGUUACUGUACAUUACUGAUGAAUUUCAGUCUUUUCAGAAUGAAAAGCUCUCCUCCAUGAGUCGUGCAUUGAUGCGUGCUAAAAAGUUGAUGCAAGGAAUCACUGAACCCCGCCGUAGAUGUCUUGAGGAGAUUACACUCCGGAAAGAUUUUGUCAACUGGGUCAAAGAGGCUUUAGAAGAUAUAAAUGAGCUGAAGGUGUUUGUGGACCUGGCUUCUAUAUCUGCUGGAGAGAAUGACAUGGACGUGGAUCGUGUGGCUUGUUUCCAUGAUGCUGUGCUUGGUUAUUCUUCCCUAUUAUAUGAACUAGAACGGGAAGCAGGGUUUGAGCAAUUCAUGGACCAUUUAGACAAAUUAUGGAAAGCCCUGGAAAGUGAUUGUAGACUCCCUAAAAAACUGUGUGACUCUGCAAGACAUUUGGAAUGGCUCAAAACCAUAAAAGAGAGCCAUGGCUCUGUUGAAUUGUCAUCUAUAUCAUUGGCAACUACAAUCAAUAAUAAAGGAAUCUAUAAAAUUAGAGCUCCAGUUGAAGGCCAGAAGGUUUCUCUGGACACUGUGUUAUGCCUGACCAUCCAAGAGGGAUAUGAACAUACAGAAGAGUUUCGACAGUAUUCUCUAGAAGAGCUCAGAGAAUUAAUGAACAAACUGAUGUUAAUGUCAGGAAAAGAAGAACAAAAUGCAGAAGUGGACACGUUUUCAGAGGUAGGUUCACUUGGAUUUUCUGUAUGUUUUGGGGAGUGCUAG